CCUUCGGGGUCUCCGCCGCCAUGAGGCGCCAGGAAGAUUGGUGGGCCCUGGACUGCCGCCACGGCCGCGCCCUCCUAGGAAGCAAGCGCACCGGGGAGCUCCUUGUCUGGGACCUCAUGACCGGUGAAAAGCAGCACCUCCGCCUGCCCCCGGCCUGCGACGAGAACUGGGAUUACAACCACGCGGUUCUCUGCGCGGCCGGCUACCCCCACCACGGCGACUGCCGUUCCUGCCCGUUCCUCGUGGCGGUCGUGUCUAGCCACCAGACUGAUUUCAUCACCUCUGCCCGUGUCUACUCGUCCAAGACCAGCGUCUGGGGUGAGGUCACCUCCAUCGCUACACCGCAUUCAUUAGUUGCUAACAAGCCAACGGCUCUGGUCGGGAACACACUCUACUGGCUGUCUGAUAACUCUGGCAUCAUCAUCAUUGAGCUUGAUUUGGAUAAGCAUAGCUUGGGUUUAAUCGAGGAUGUACCGGACGAUGCGCUCUAUAACUACGAUGGGCAGAUUAUCAUCAUGCCGGUGGAGGAUGGACGGCUUGGUUUUGCUGGAGUUGAUGAUGGAUUAAGUCUCCAUUUGUGGGCACGGGUGGCUAACAUUGACGGGGUGGUAACAUGGACACUUUGCAGGGUCAUUGAUCUUGAAAAUUUUCUUGCGCCGGAAGUGUUGCUGGGGUGUAUAUAUCGAGUGGAGCCAAUUGGCUUUGCUGAAGAUGCUGAUGUCAUCUUCAUCAAUGUGCACCCAAGCACCUAUAUGAUCAAUCUCAAGUCCAUGCACAUCGAGGUGGUGUCAGAGGAAGGGAACUAUUGGAGAAUUCUUCCUUACACAAGUUUUUAUGCUACAGGAGCCACACUUGGUGGUGGAGGUGAUCAAGCUGAACUAUUUAACAGUGGAUGAGAUGAUUGUGUUGUUGCAUCUGUUAGCAUGCUUUGUUGGUUGAAGAGGUACCUAGGUUCUUUGUCUAUUGCCAUGAUGCCCGGUGAUGCUGCAAGUGUCCAGCGUUCAAUGGGACUGUGGACGAACUUCUACAACUCGCCAACGUGAUGUUAGUUAACUAGCAAAUCGUGGCGAAUUAAUCAAGGAAUGUUAUCUUUAGUGAAAACGUUAUCCA